AUAGUACUAUUAAUUCAUUUCUUCACUCCACUUUCUCUCAAUUUGGUCGACAAAAAAGUGGCGCUUUAAAUCCCCGUCACUCUCCCCCCUUCUCCUCCGUUUCCAAAAUCCCAAAUUCACACACCGAUACACACACCAAUACAUACAAACAUGAAGCGCCCUUAUCAUGAAAUCUCAGAUGAAGAAUGGGAGCAAGUUCCUUUCAAUCCUUCGAAAUUUCUCAACAAGCCUUCUUCAAAAACCCUAAAUCCUCCUCCUCCAAUCGAAUCGUUCGCUUACAAGCCUCCCGAAAAAUUCGCGAUGGAAUUGGACGGCGACGAUGACGACUGUGUCGACAUCACUGAGAAAGUGUACAAGGAGAGCUUGGAGGACGACGAUUUCGACGAGGCUCCGAGGAAUUCGGGGGUGCCUCGGGCGGGGCGGAGGUUCGUGAUUGAGGAUGAUGAGGAUGAGUGGAGUGAUGACGUGGCGGUGGAGAGGAGUGAGAGGAAGGAUAAGGAGAAGGAGGUGAUUGAGCUCAAGUCGGAGGACGAGGAGUUCGAUGUGGAGGAGGAUGAGGAGGAGGAGUUUGGGAGUGAGUUAGGGUUUGGGGAUGAGGGAAAUGAGAUUGAUGUCGUCGAUAAGGCGCUGUUUAAGUGUGGGAAGAUAUCGGAGGAUUUGAAGAGGGAGUUGUAUGGGACGAGUAAUGUGGCUUGUGAGAGGUACGCUGAGGUGGAGAGCUCGUCGGUUCGGAUUGUUACUCAGGAGGAUAUAAAUGAGGCGUGUGAGGCGGAAGUGGAGAAUGAAGAGGGGUUUAAGCCGAUUUUGAAGCCGUAUCAGAUUGUUGGAGUCAACUUUCUGUUGUUUAUGUAUAGGAAGAGGAUUGCGGGAGCAAUAUUGGCUGACGAAAUGGGUCUCGGUAAGACAAUACAGGCUAUAACAUAUUUAACCCUACUGAAGCAUUUGGAAAAUGAUCCUGGGCCGCAUUUGAUUGUAUGCCCUGCAUCUGUUUUGGAAAACUGGGAAAGAGAGCUGACAAAGUGGUGCCCUUCAUUUAAUGUUCUCCAAUAUCAUGGAGCUGCACGGUCACAAUAUCAAAAAGAGUUAAGCUCUGUGGCAAAAAGUGGUGUUCCACUACCAUUUAAUGUCAUUCUAGUGUGCUAUUCACUUUUUGAACGUCACAGUGAACAGCAAAAAGAUGACCGCAAAAUUUUGAAACGAUUGCGAUGGAGUUGUGUGCUGAUGGACGAGGCUCAUGCUCUGAAGGAUAAAAGUAGCUAUAGGUGGAAAAAUCUUAUGUCUGUUGCGAAAAAUGCGAAUCAGCGUCUGAUGCUUACGGGGACACCAUUACAAAAUGAUUUACAUGAACUGUGGUCACUAUUAGAGUUCAUGCUGCCCGACCUUUUUGAAACCGGAGAUGUGGACUUGAAAAAAUUUCUGAAUACAGAAGAUGGUGAAUUGAUUGCGCGAAUGAAGUCUAUAUUGGGUCCAUUCAUCCUCAGGAGACUGAAAUCAGAUGUAAUGCAGCAACUAGUUCCUAAGAUACAAAAGGUUACGUACGUUGUCAUGGAUAAGCAACAAGUUGAUGCUUAUAAAGAAGCUAUUGAGGAGUACCGUGCAGCUUCAUUUGCUCGUAUGUCUAAGUCGGGGUCUGCUAAGUCUAUCAAUGCUGCCCUUCCAAAGCGUCAAAUCAACAAUUAUUUUGUUCAGUUUCGCAAGAUUGCUAAUCAUCCUUUACUAGUUCGGCGGAUAUACAAUGAUGCGGAUGUUGUUCGUUUUGCUAAAAAAUUGCAUCCUAGAGGUGUAUUUGGCAACGAGUGCACACUGGAGAGAGUUAUUGAGGAGCUUAAGAGUUACAAUGACUUCUCUAUCCACCAGCUAUUGCUCUAUCAUGAUAUAGCAGAUACAAAAGGAGUUCUGUCGGAUGAGCAUGUUAUGUUUUCUGCAAAAUGUCGGGAAUUAGCAAAGCUUCUACCAUCAUUAAUGCAAGGUGGGCAUCGGGUUCUAAUCUUCAGUCAAUGGACGUCAAUGCUUGAUAUUUUGGAGUGGGCACUGGAAGUAAUUGGUCUUACUUACAGGCGGCUUGAUGGAAGUACACAGGUGACAGAUAGACAAACAAUUGUAGAUACAUUCAACAACAAUACUUCAAUAUUUGCAUGCUUGCUGUCUACAAGGGCUGGAGGCCAGGGAUUGAACCUGACUGGAGCUGAUACUGUUAUAAUACAUGACAUGGAUUUUAAUCCACAGAUUGAUCGGCAAGCUGAAGACCGCUGCCAUCGUAUUGGUCAAACUAAACCGGUUACAAUAUACAGGCUGGUGACCAAGGAUACAGUUGAUGAGAAUAUAUAUGAGAUUGCAAAACGAAAACUAGUGCUAGAUGCUGCUGUGCUGGAGUCUGGAGUAGAAGUAGAGAAAGAAGAGAUCCAUGAGAAAACAAUGGGCGAAAUAUUGUCAAAAUUGUUGCUUGGAGAAGAUCCUCGAUGAGAAAAUUAAUCAUAGAUUAAAUUUCCUAUCGGUCUUGUUCUCAAAUUUAGAAAAUGGGGUCCAUAGUAUAGGAAGUAGCUAAUAUUUUUUUAGGGGGCUGGGAUACUGCAGUUACAAUAGAAUUGUCAUUUUGUGCUGGAAGGCUCAUUGUUGUAUUUUAUCAGGCUCCAAACAAAGUCUGUAAGAUAUUACAAAGUCUGUAAGAUAUUGUAUGUGCAUUUUGAUGCAGUGUAUAUUACAAAUUACAGCUCAUUGGAGGAGUUUACAGUAACUAGUGUUUUGUAUACAAAGAUAUAUUUAUUUCUUCUUUACCC